AUGUCUUGUUCUGCCAUUUUUAUUCUUGACCUGAAAGGAAAUGUGAUAAUGUCAAGGAAUUAUCGCGGUGACAUAGAAACUUCAGUGAUUGAUUCUUUUAUGCCAUUAAUGAUGGAGAAAGAAGAUGAAGGUCAUCUAGCUCCAGUUUUACAGAAGAACGAUAUCAACUAUGUUUAUGUCAAGCAUCUUAAUAUUUUUAUUGUGGCCAUAUCAAAAAAGAAUGUUAAUGUUGCAAUGGUAUUCACUUUUUUAUAUAAAUGUAUCGAAGUAUUCAGUGAAUAUUUUAAGGAUUUUGAAGAAGAAUCUGUACGCGACAAUUUUGUUGUUUUUUAUGAACUUCUAGAUGAGAUGAUGGAUUUUGGAUAUCCUCAAACAACAGAAAGUCGCAUUUUGCAAGAAUAUAUUACACAAGAACGAUAUAUGCUCGAUGUUGCUCCGAGACCACCAAUGGCUGUAACUAAUGCGGUAUCGUGGCGUCCGGAUGGUCUGAAAUAUCGCAAAAAUGAAGUUUUUCUUGAUGUCAUUGAAUCAGUUAAUAUGCUGGCUAAUGCUUCUGGUUCGGUACUGCGCAGCGAAAUUGUUGGAACUAUCAAAAUGCGAGUGCUACUAUCUGGUAUGCCUGAGUUACGUCUCGGACUUAAUGAUAAAGUGUUAUUCCAAACGUGUUCAAGAGGACGUGGAAAAGCUGUGGAAUUGGAGGAUGUCAAAUUUCAUCAAUGUGUUCGGCUAUCUCGAUUCGAAAACGAUCGUACCAUAAGUUUUGUGCCUCCGGAUGGAGAGUUUGAACUGAUGAACUAUCGCUUAACAACGACUGUGAAGCCGUUGAUAUGGGUGGAAGCUUGCAUGGAAAAACACGCGCAUUCUAGGAUCGAAUAUAUGGUGAAGGCAAAGUCUCAGUUCAAGCGACAAUCCAUCGCAAAUCAUGUCGAAAUUAUCAUACCGGUGCCUAGUGACGCAGAUUCCCCCAAAUUCAAAACCUCUGUUGGCUCAGUGAAAUACGUUCCUGAGUUAAGCGCUUUUGUGUGGAUGGUCCGAAGUUUUCCAGGUGGUCGUGAGUAUUUGAUGAGAGCUCAUUUCUCUCUCCCUUCAAUCGUGAGCGAUGAGUCAGAAGGAAAACCUCCAAUUUCAGUUAAAUUUGAAAUACCAUACUUCACAACAAGUGGUCUUCAAGUUCGGUAUUUGAAAAUUAUUGAAAAGAGUGGAUAUCAAGCUUUACCAUGGGUUCGUUACGUUACACAAAAUGGCGACUAUUUGUUACGGAUGCAGUGA